AUGGAGGUCAGUACCAGCGUCAGGAAAGCCUUGUCCGGAACUCUGGACCCGUCCGCAGUCACGACUGUCGCCCUGCGGUCCCCAGCUGAAGACCAGAACCACGUAAAACCCAACAAGAAAGUUCUGGACGAAGAGGAAUACAUAGAGAAUCUAGAGAAAAUCAUUCAGCGAGACUUCUUCCCUGAUGUGACAAAGCUCCAGGCGCAGAGAGAGUAUUUAGAGGCAGAAGAAAAUGGAGACCUGGAGAGAAUGCGGCAGAUCUCCAUCAGAUACGGAUCGUCUCUGACCAAAGCCACGCCUCAGUCUGCGGCGCCAUAUGUUACACCCGCCAGCUUCGAGACUCCUGUGGGGCAGCCCGGAUCUCCUGCUGCCAGCCACAAGAGCGGGGUUAGAGACAAAGACGACGAGGACAAAGAGAAGGAGCUCCCGUCUCUGGAUCGGUUUCUGGCCAAACACACGAGUGAAGACAACUCCUCGUUCGAACAGAUCAUGGACUUGGCCAAAGACAAAGAGAAGCUGCGUCACGCCUGGCUGUACGACGCAGAGACAGAGUUCCAACAGCGUCAUCAGGAGAACCUGGCGCUGCUCGCUCCUGAGAAGGCGGCAUUGGAGUGUGUGAAAGCUGGACUCGAGACCUGGGAGUACAAGGCCAAGAACACACUCAUGUAUUAUCCUGAAGGAGUUCCAGACGACACUGCCUUUAAGAAGCCCAGGGAGGUGCUGCACAGAAACACUCGCUUCAUCACAGACCCCUUCAGCAAAGCCCUCAACAAGAGCCAGAUCCAGCAGGCGGCCGCCCUCAACGCUCAGUUCAAACAGGGUAAAGUGGGUCCGGAUGGAAAGGAGCUCAUCCCUCAGGAGUCUCCGUCUGUGAAUGGGUUUGGAUAUGUGGCCACGCCCUCCCCUGCACCUGGUGUAGCAGACUCUCCUCUCAUGACGUGGGGAGAGAUUGAGAGCACUCCGUUCCGAUUGGACGGUUCUGACACGCCGCACAUCGAGAGAAACCACGGCCCAUCGUUUAAGAUCCCAGAACCUGGAAGGAGAGAAAGACUUGGGUUGAAGAUGGCAAAUGAAGCCGCGGCCAAGAAUCGCGCAAAGAAACAGGAAGCUUUGAGAAAGGCCACACAGAACCUGGCAAGUCUGACACCUAAAGGCAUGAGCCCCGCCCUGAGCCCGGCUUUACAGAGACUGGUGAACCGCACGUCCAGUAAAUACACAGACAAAGCACUGAGAGCCAGCUACACGCCGUCCCCUUCGCACCGGCGCGUCGCAAAGUCUCCGUUCAACGGCCCCGCCACGCCGACGGGAACGCCAACGCCGCUCAAGGCCAAGACGCCCAGUUCUCAAGACGUCACCUCCCUCACAGACAAUCUGCUGCAGCUGCCCAAGAGACGGAAGGCAGCGGACUUUUUCUAA